AUGUGUAGUACAGCCUCUCGAGGAAUCGAAAAUUACGAUGAUAUUUAUCAAGUUCGAAAUUGUCGACUUGUUGGUUUGCCAAAUCUCUGGGUUGGAAAAGAUUACGUCAGGAAUAAAAUCGUUGAUUAUUUAAAUCACUUAGUAGACAUUGGCGUUGCUGGUUUUCGAAUUGAUGCUGGUAAACAUAUGUGGCCAGAAGAUUUAAAUCGACUUAUUGGCCAAGUAAAAAAUUUGAGAGCAGAUAUAUAUGGUGAAAAUCAUCGACCAUUCAUUUAUUUUGAAGUUAUUGAUAUGGGAGGAGGUCCAAUUAGAAGCUCGGAUUAUUCGUGGAUUGGUCGAGUGAGCGAGUUUCGAUACGGUAAACUUCUCAGUGAAGUGGUGCAACGACAAUAUGGACAAAAAAUGAGUUAUUUGAAAAAUUUUGGACAGGACUGGGGAAUGCUACCAGAUUUUGAUGCUCAGAUUAUGGUUGACAACCAUGAUAAUCAACGAGGUCACGGUGGUGGUGGUUCAAUUUUGACGUUUUUUGAAUUUCGCAACUACAAAAUUGCCACUGCGUUCAUGUUAAGUUGGCCAUAUGGAUACCCAGUUAUUAUGUCUAGUUACCAAUUUGAUCGCAAUGACGAUGGCCAGGGACCACCUUCAGAUGAACAAGGAAACACAAAUGACGUAUCGAUUGAAAGUUCUGGAAAAUGUACAGGAAAAGCAAUUACAGUUUAUCCUGAUGGUAAAGCCUUAAUUAAAAUUGGAAAUUUAGAUCAAGAUCCAAUUGUGGGCUUACACAUCAAGGCCAAAUUGAAUUUUAAGCAAAGUCCGAAGCAAGAUCGAUCAUAUUUGCCCAAAUCGAGUUUAACACAACAAAUAUCUAGGACAAGCAUUCCAUUAUCAUCUGGGCUUAGAAUUCUAAAUACAAAAAUUCAAGCGAAAGAAUCUGAAACUUAUCAACCAUUGGUUACAAUAAGUGAUAAAGAAGGCAGCAAUAGUGACGACGAUCAUGUUUCGCCGGUGCAUAAAUUAACGAAAGAUGAACUUCGUGAAGAACUAAAUGGUUUUAUAAAUGGUGAUAAUAAGAUACCGAGUGAUGACGAAGAUCUUGAACUGAGACGACCACAACCACAGACAAAUGUUUUAUUUAAACCUUGUGUUUGUUGUCCUUAUAGAAUCGAUUCAGUUAAAUGUGUUAUUUCCUAG